ACAAGAGAAGUAUGAAGUAUUGGGCGUGGACGGGAACGUGAUGUUCAAGAUCAAAAGCAACCUAUUCCUUAAUCGGGAUCGCAUACUCUUGCUCGAUGCUGCCGACAACCCCGUCGCCACUUUACAACAAAAUCUAUUUAGUCUACACAGUAAAUGGAAAGUAUUCAGCGGUAAAAGCACAGACCCAAAAGACCUUCUUUUUAGGCUGAAAAAAGCAUCUCUUUUCGGGUUCAAGACAAAGCUGAACGUUUACUUAGCAGCCAACACCAAAGAAGAGGUGUGCGAUUUUUACAUGGAUGGGAGCUGGAGCAGGAAAUCCUGCAUGGUGCAUGCAAAUGGAGGAGGGGGUGGGAGUGAGUCCUCUGCAAUUGUUGCCCAAAUGCACAAGAAACACAUGGCUGGGAGGACAGCUGCUGGGAAAGUCAACUUCUGGAUGGCUGUCCAUCCAAACGUUGAUUAUGCCUUCAUCGUUUCUCUUGUUGUCAUUCUUGAGGAUAUCCACCGGCAGAGAUCGAACCAGGAAAUGGGAGGAAACAUGGUAGACAUGGGAAACACAUAAAAGAGAGUGGAUAUCAGAGCUGAGAAAUUAAGGAUGCAUGGAUUGCAAAUAAUGUGUGUAUAUAAAGAAUGUGGUUGUAUAUUUGAAAUUAUAAAAUGAUAUUUUUUUUUUGGCUGAAAAUUAAAUGAUACGGAGUACUACGCAUUGUUAUUUUUUGUUACAUUUGUUUUGUUAAAGAUCGAGCUUUAAGUGAUGAAGUUACAUUUCGGUGGGUUACGUUGGUUUCAAGG